AUGGCGGUAAUUCUGUAUGGGCCCUGUUUGGCAUUAAGUCAAGUUACUGGAUUAGAUAGUUUUUCCGAUGCUGGUGGAAUCAAAAAAGUAUUUGAAAUAGCAAUGGAUGGUCAACGAAUCAAUUUCUUUAACAUCAGCUUUGAUCCAACUAUACGAUACACUAUUUGGACAGCUCUUUUGGGUGGUACAUGCUAUGCUUCGUCAUGCGCUUGCAUCUUACAAACACAAACACAACGAUACAUGUGUGUCAGUAGUACACGAGAAGCACAAAAAGCUGUAUGGAUAAACACUUUCAUGUGUGUCUUAUUGAUUCUUUUAUGUGGUGUAGUUGGCCUCUUAAUUCAUGCAAAAUAUCACGAUUGUGAUCCUUUGAAAGCUAAACUUGUCUCCAGAGCGGAUCAACUCUAUCCAUUAUUUGUUAUGGAAACAUUCAGUCGUUUUCCUGGUCUCACAGGACUUUUCAUUGCUGCUGUCAUGAGUGGUUCUUUAAGUUCUAUAUCAUCAGGUGUCAAUAGCAUUGCUGCAGUCAUUAUGGAAGAUAUUUGGAAAACUCUAGCACCGAAUAGGGUACCGUCUGAUGAAUUACAAACAACAAUUGCAAAAUUCAUGUGUAUGAGAUGA